AUGCAGGCGAAAGAGUCGGGCCACGCAACCCUGCGGCCUGACAAACCAGGCGGCAACCAGCCAGGCGGGACGACGGAUCAGAGGGACCAAACAGGGAAAGAGCAGCCCAGCCCAACUGUGAAGAUUACACAGUCUGCAUUUCUUUGUCUCAAGUCUCUCCCAUUCCACCAGGAUAUUCCAGUCGACGCCAAGCUGGACUUUGAUUUCGUGGGCUCUGGAAGCCCUUGUAUUGAUCAGAACAAGGAAGAUUUUCGAUAA